UUUACAGAGGAAACGGUAGCGAUUUUUACAGACGAAACGGUAGCGAUUUUUACAGAGGAAACGGUAGCGAUUUUUACAGACGAAACGGUAGCGAUUUUUACAGAGGAAACGGUAGCCAUUAUUACAGAGGAAACGGUAGCGAUUUUUACAGAGGAAACGGUAGCGAUUUUUACAGAGGAAACGGAACCAUGAGAGAAUCAGUAAGAGGUAACCAUAACUACAAAGGAAAUGGUUCUGUUGUUGUUACAAAGGAAAUUGAAGAAGUUUUAAGCAGCUUAUUGGAUGAACUUCGUAAGUCUAUUCCAAAAGAAGACAGAGCGUGUUUCAACGCUUUUGACAUUUGUUUAGUGAGCGCAAUUAGCCAUGAAGAUCAGGAAGCUUAUAAUAUUUGCAAUGACAUUAAAAGUAGUUUUGAAUGUCUGUUAACAAAUGACUGUAUAUUAACUGCGGCUAUAAAGCAAGAGAUUGCUAAGAACAACCGCGAUGAUUUAAAGACAUUAGGCUGUCCCUUCAAUGUAAAAGAUCUAGUCCUGAGCAGUGGUAAUUUAGAUCAACCAACAAAGCCAGCAAUAUCGGAAGAAAGCAGUGGUAAUGUAGAUCAACCAACAAAGCCAUCAAUAUGGGAAGAAAGCAGUGUUAAUGUAGAUCAACCAACAAAGCCAACAAUAUCGGAAGAAAGCAGUGGAAAGGUAGUUCAACCAACAAAGCCAGCAAUAUCGGAAAAAAGGUCUGGUGCUGUAAGUCACACGGUGCCACAUUAUUCUUCAAUAGUGGCUGCAUCCUUCAUUACACUAUUCAUCUUCAAAGCUGCAAUGUUUAUAUAAAUAAAACGUUCUUUGGGGGGAAAAAAGCAUUUUAAAAUACAAGUCUAACAUCUCAAGAAAUUCUUAAAGAAUAAAACAAACAAUCUUUGUUUUUAAAAGCUUUAAUUAUAUUUACUCAGGCAAAGAAAUCUUUUAUUUUAUGCUUAAAAUUGUAAAAUAUUUUCAUUUUAACUGAGGUUGUUUUUUUUUUUACUGCACCUGUUAGCAUUAGCUCAAAUUGUCAAUGGUUUAUUUAUAAUUAUGUUACAUAUUUUAAAUGUUUUUCUUUAUCUACUUAACAAAUAGAAAAAGUAACAUUGGAUUAAAUCUCAUCUUAAAACAAACAUGACUAAUCAAAAUACUCAUUUUUUCAUAGCGCCCCCUUAAGGGAAAAAGCCGCUAUUAGGUUUUUGCAAAAUGUCCGUCUGUCCGUCUGUCACACUCAGAUCUGGAAAACUAGAAGAAUAAUGAAAAAUAUUAUUUCACCCUGCGAUGCGGCUUGAGAAGUACAAGUGGUACGGCUAAUUUUUGUUUUCUAAAAGCAAACCAUUUAGUUUAUAAAAUUAAUUAUGCAAGCAAUUUUUUUCAUAAAAAAGCACCAAUUCUAAAACAAUUACAUAAAUGUAAGGGAGGUAAUUUUACAAUAUGUUAACAAAGAAAGACACAUUUUUGUGUAUUUUCGGUAUCACUAAGUCAAAUGUAUUUAUAAAAUGUACGAUUUAUUCACAACAAAUAUAAAUAUUAGUUAAAGUUUUUUUUUCUGGUCAACUGUCUGCUAAAAUUAAAAGAAAACAUUUAUGUUUGUUUAUAAAGGGUAAGAAUGCACUUUGUAUGUAAAUAUUACACAUUUUUUAAUGGACUAGAUAUGAAGCGACUUUCAUGCAGUAGCGUGACUAGCAGCGGCAAGACAUAGUACUAAUCAGUUUUCCCAAUUUUUUUUAAAUAUUCAGAUUUUAUUUAUUUUUUGUUUAGUGCUUCCGUCAGAAUUAAAGACGCUUGUUUUUUCUGCGUUUUGUCUGUUCGUCGGUCUGUCCGUCAAGUUUAGAUUAAACAAAACUAAAGGCUAUUGAAAAUGUGAUUUAACCUUUUAUAUUCCUUCAGAAAUAUUGCAAUACUUUUAUAUAACUAGAAUAGAUUGUUCCGGAUGUUUUGAGAAAAACUAAUAAAUGCCAACAAAUGUUUGUUUGCUCUUCUAACUUAUAAUUAAUUUAAUUUCCUUGCUUAAACGUUGCAAAAACACAUGAUCUUUAAUAUGUUGUUCCGGUUUUUUAAAGUAAAUAGCAUAUACAUGCUAAAUGAAAAUCUCUAUAUUGACUUAUAUUUCAUUAACUAUAAAGUUGUUCCAGAUAUUGUUUUAUAAAAAAUAAAUUAUGUCAAGUGAUUGUUUGAAAUAGCAUAAUUGUCUAUUAUUACAUGUAUAUUCUUCUACAAAACGUCAAUAUAGUUUAUUUAUCAAUAUCAAAUUGUUCCGUAUUUUCAACUUAAGACAAAUUUAUGUCAAUUGACUUUAUUUUUUCAAAAAUAUCAACAAAAGGUUGUUCAGGAUUUUAAAAUAAAAAAGUAAUUUACUAGAAACAAUUAUUGAAAAUCACUUUUUAGACUUAUUUUACAGUUACUCUUCAUGCCGAAACAUAACAAAAGUUGUUUAAUCGGUAAAGAGUGUUCCGGAUUUCGUUUUGAAAAAGAAAUCAACCUAUAUUAGUUUAAUUUUCUUAUAAAUCGUCACCAAAAAUGUUCGGAAUUUUAUAUGAAAAAUCUACUAACGCCAAAAAAACUGUUUUAAAUCCCUUUUCUAAUAAAUAAAAUAAAUAAUCUUCUUCUCAUUAACGAAAAUUGGUUAGAAAAUCUAAUUAUGUUAAUAUAUUUACGAUAGUUACGAUAUUUAAGGAAAACAACUACUUAACUCCAAAGUAUGGUUUGAAAAUCUCUCCACAAGGCUAUGGUACAUCUAAUUUUCAUACAAGACCAUCCCAAAAAUUUAAUUAACACUAUUUGAUUAAUUUGGAAUUAGUAUUUUCUCUCACUAUAAAUAUAUAAACAUCCAGAACAAUCUAUUAUAGAAGCUUAAAACUAUUGCGAUGUUUCGGAAGAGAAAUUAAAUUUUAAUCAGAUUUUCUAUAGCCCUUGGUUUUUAUUUUCGGUAUUAACAUGACAGACUGACAGACAAAACAAUCAAAAAAUAAAUUCCUCUUGAAUCCUUAUAUAUAUAUAUAUACAUACAUACAAAUUAAGUCUAACUAUCCCAAUGUGACGAAAUGGAUUUUUUUUCCUUUGACGUAAUAUGUAGUUCAUUCUUUAAAUGAAAUUCUAAAAUAACUAGGUGCACCAAUGUCUAUAAAUCCUCGAGAGCCUGUAGUGUGACGUAGUGAAUUUUUUCCUAUGACGUCAUAUGAAGUUAAUUAUUUAAAUGAAAUGCUAAAAGAACUCCCUCGGGGCACCAAUGUCUAUGAACACUCGACAAGCUGCUCGUAUUGAUGACAUUUUUUAGUCUAACUAGAACGUGUGAGGUAGUGUAUUUUUCCCUUUGACGUCAUAUGGAAUAAAUUCUUUAAGUGAAAUGCUACAACUCAGUAUAGUAAUGUUUACUAAACCAAGUAAUCUGACUCGUAUUUUAAAAAGACAUAAUAGCUAGAUUUAGACUUUUAGAUUUUUACACUAGAUCUAGAUUUAUUUACACUAGAGCUAGAUUUUUUAAAGUACAUUUAGAUUUGUACUCUAAUUAAAAUCAUUGUAGAUUCUAGACCUAGAAUUUCUUGGUCUAGUUUAGAAUGUUUAUUGUUUUACAUGUUUCGGAUGUUCCUUCAGAGUUGGAGUCCAGACCUCCUGCAGGACGACGGGGGAUGGGAGCGGGCAGGGUUUCAACCUGGGACCAUCGAUAAAUCCAAACGACAGUCCAGCGCGCAAACCGCAAUACCAGCAGCCAUGAUUUAGACUAGAACAUUAUUUAUAAUUUCAAUUUCUAGACUUAAAGUGUAGAUUUUUUUUUCUAAAUGUCUAUACCAAUAUUGCAAAAAUAUAAAAUACUAAAACUAAUCUACUAUUUUUAAGUUUAAUAUUGCAUUCAGUCUAUUAAUAGAUUAUUUCGACCCUUUUUUUACAAUACUUAUCUAAAUUACAUCUACCUUAUUCCAAAUUUACAUUUUAGAUCUAGAUCUAGAAGAUAUAGAUCUUAAGAGCCCUAAAUCAGAAGUUUAAUUCAGGUAGAUCUACAUCCUCAUUCUAGUUCCAUUUCAAUGAAAUCGAAAAUAGCUCUUUUGGUAACUGUGCUGGGACAUCGAGCAGACGUCGCCGAAGUACAAGCUCGAUGAAUUGUUAUUUUCUUUUUUUUUUUCUAUUUUACAUCAAUACCAAAAGAUUAUCUAGAAAUACUCAUUGAUAUAUAGUACGUAUUCGGUAGUUGUUAUGCCGUAAUGUGUACUAUAGCUCUUUAUCAAUAAUAGGUUAUACCUGGUCGUGUUGUUUGCGCGCAGGACUGAUUAAGUAAAUUAUCUUUAGCUUUGAAGGAACAUCCAAAACAUGUAAAACGUUUUACAGAAAAAAAACAAAUUUUUUACAACGCCAAAUGAAUCUUUGAAACAUUAUUACUUUUGACAAUCAAAACAAAAUCACGUCUUGAAUAUUCCUUGCGAAUAGGCGGAUCCGACAAGGAUUCGACUUCGACGGGGGCGCCUCUGAGUUGUGUGAUAACACAAAUUCUCUUUGUAAUCUUGUUCAUUACAGCAUUUUAAAAUGCUUUAUCGGUACAAAUUGUAAAAGUAAUUAAAAGAACAUGAUGUUA